AUCUGCCCGUAUAAGCGUAUCCUCUCCAUAGGCUACAAUGCUGAACAUGAUUAGAGGUUCGAAGGCAGAGCUAGGACACGCACUGUUUGAAGCAGACAGUUCUCUCGGGCACAGAGUGCCACCAUUUCAGCCCUGCCGGGGGAUAACCAACCAAGUAGUCGGCACUGGGACUUCAUCUCCGCAUCCCCACAGCAACCAACGAGACGCCAACCGCCAGCGGCAAGUCACUGGUGUGGCGUCGCUCGUGAUGUCUUGCUUGCUGAUCGCCAGUCAAGGGCGUUUGCUCCAGGCCAUGCCUGUGUUCAGGCUGCAGGCCCUCGAGGAAGACCUAUAAGCUGAGCUUCCACCUCAUCUCCGAGGCCCAUCGUUCCCUCCCCGCAUCAGGUGUCUUUUUCCCAUCACGGGCUCCCUCCUAUACCAGAAUCGCGUUGUGAUACCCAGCUCCAGUCAUUCCAAAGCAGUACUUCAGAUAAAUUAAGAUGGCCGCGCGGCAACAACAACCGCAGCAGCAGCAGCUCGAGACACAAGGGCCCAUCAACGAUGCCGACGUAGCUGAAUGGAAGGCCCGCUUCAACGACUUGUUUGCCCGCCCCAGCGAGCACAUCAAGUCUAAGUCGCCCGAGAGUGCACAGCCGUGGAAGAUCCCGUUCUUCGAAUUCUGGAAACCGCGCGAGACCACGCUGCUCGCCUGGUACGUGCCUUGCGUCGUCUUCGGCCGCACGCACCACCGUCUGCGCAAGAGCCCGACGCUGGAGGGUUACGAGUCCAUCAACACUUCGUGCCUUCUCAUGUGUGCUACGGCCUGCGUCGGCUGCCACUGGCUCCCCGUCGCAAUGCAACGCGCCGACCUCCGCACCAAGCACAACCUGCAGGGCAGCUGCCUGGGAGACAUCGCGACCUCGUGCUGCUGCGGCUGCUGCAGCAUCAUCCAGCAAGACAAGGAGGCCGAGUACCGCGAGCUGGCGAACCUCGGCGCCAUCCGGCAGGCCUAUCAGGCUCCUGGCGGCAUGUCGUACCCCGCGGACCAGAAGCAGUAAGAGAGAUGUGCUUCAGUUGCCAUGAAUGGUCGUUGUAUGGUGGUUGAAUGGUGGUACACAUCUCUUACUGGGGUCCGUGUUGGUUGUUAGCAUCUUUAGCCAUGCGUAUGAUACCUCUUUGAUGGUGUAAUUGGAUAGCUGUCGAAUGAAUUG